AGGGCGCUUUGAUCCUUUUGCUGGAGACAACGUGCUAGUGUAUGAGGGCAGCAUGGUAUGCGCUUGUUGAAAUUGUAUAUCCGCUGUAGGAAACUCCAUCGUUCGUGUGUUUAAUAUUUUUUGUGUUCCUUUCUAUUGACAUAUAUUCGGAAUUGCACUUUUAGUGUGCCGUUUGUACUUGCAGUUAAAUUUACAUUGUACCAAUAAUGAGUGAGGGAACAGCAACUAUUCGAACAAGAAAGUUCAUGACAAAUAGGCUCUUAUGCCGAAAGCAGAUGGUUGUAGAUGUUUUGCAUCCAGGGCAGCCGUCUGUGAAGAAAACUGACAUAAGAGAAAAACUCGGUAAAAUGUUUAAAGUUACACCAGAUACAGUGUUUGUAUUUGGAUUUCGUACAGCAUUUGGAGGUGGAAAAUCAACUGGGUUCGCCUUGAUUUAUGAUACACUAGAUUUUGCCAAGAAGUUUGAACCGAAAUACAGGUUACAGAGGCAUGGUUUGUAUGAGAAACAAAAGGCAACAAGGAAGCAGCGCAAGGAAAGGAAAAACAGAAUGAAGAAAGUACGUGGUACAAAGAAAUCCAAAGUUGGUGCAGCAUCAGGAAAGAAGGGGAAAAAGUAAAGCUUUCAUCUUUGUUGAGGUGUCUGUAUCAGAAGAUUGCCGUUUUAUUGAUUUGAUUACAAGUAAUUGAAAUGGUGCUGUCCUUCCGUGUCAUCAGAAUUGGAAUGAGAAUGAUGUAUGGAUGUAAAAAAAAUUGUGAAAUAAAGUUGUGAGUUUUUAUAAUUCGUGAA